GCUAUUUAUGCGGCGCAGUUCUGACUGAAGAGGCAGGCGGCUAUCAGCGCGUAACGUAGCAGUGUCUUCUCGGAGAUUCUAUGUGUCUCCUCUACGCGGGAAUACCACAGAAAGAAUCGUCCGCCACGUCACCAGUCAUUGAGGAUCAAGAGACCGCGGCCGUGGACCUGGGCGCCCUACCAGGCGACGGGGUCAGUGCCCUGGUGACGUCUGUGGCUGGGGUGUGCGGCUGGUGGCACACAAGGCUGUCUUGGCAGACAGGAGUCCCACGUUCGAAGCAAUCCUCGGGCACAACGCUCCGGAGACCACCUGCGGCCAGGUCGACGUCACGGACGUGGAGGGCGCAGUGCUGAGGCAGCUGCUGGGCUACGUGUACACCCUCUAGGCCCACCAACUGCCUGGCGUGGUCCCCCAACUGCUGGCAGCAGCUGACAAGUGCAGCUGGUUCGCCCUGGAGGCUGCGUGUGAGCAGCAGGUGGCCGCAUAGCUGGCAGUGGAGACUGCGUCAGAUGUAGCUCUACUUGCACUGAGGCUCUCGCCCCAUCCUCGCUGCGGUUGCCGUCCCCUUCGUAAAGGACCACUCUGAGGUGAUGGCCAUGCAGAGCUGGGCAGACUCUGUGCUCAAGUACCCAAAAGAUGUCACUGAAGUGAGUCGUCUGCUCAGAGAGCCACCAGCAGAUGCCAGCGUGCCAGCCACUAAAAGGAGAAGGGCCACCCCGGCACUGUCAGCCCCACAGCGACCACAACCAGAUUCCUGCUGCAGAUGUGCUGCCCACAGCUGCCCGACACACACUCCUCCACCUGAGGAUGCAGCUGUCUCAGUUCUGGAGCUUGUCUGCAGAGAAGAGAGGCAGUAGACUGUUCCAGGCAGCUGUGCAGGGGGCAGCGAGGGAGCUGAGGAUGCUGGUCACCGCAGGGAACGACACGGAGAUGGGGGGUGGGAGGUUGUUAUGGAGGGGAACCGCCCUGCACUUCGCAGCAAGGGAGGGACACGUGGAAGGGGCGAGGUGCCUCUUGGAGUGCAGUGGUGGACGGCAGGAGCAGCUCAGCAGAUGACGCCUUAGUACAUGGCCGCAGUGAAUGGUCACCCAGCUAUGGCCCAGCUGCUGUUGUGCCCUCUGCCGACCCAAAUGCCAGGCAUGACAAUUGGAGGAUGCCGCUGCACACUGUGCACCAUGCAAUAGUCAUGCAGAUGUGGUGGCUGCGCUGCCCGUGG